GAAAAGUGAAGAAUCUCGCGACCAUUGCUGUCACGUGAUAUUUAUCGACGUAUCGCGUCGGCCGUGGAGGGUCGAAAUUCGACCGUCGAAUACGAAGAUGGCUACUACCACUGAAAUAUUAAAUACUCUCACAGAAACAGUAAUUUUCCGAAAGAAAAUGUAGAAUUUCCUGGGUUGCGACGCGUUCCAGACUGUAUCUUAUAAAACCACCAAUGAAUUGAGAGUAUAGGUUUCAUUCUGUGAAACAUAUAAAAUGUAACAAUUAUAAUCUGUGUAAUAUCCAUCCUAAAAUGGAUAAUCAAAUUAUAAGUAUGAACAUAAUGCGUAAGUUACGAGGGAGUACCAGCGUCGGAGGAAUGGGUUCUAGCAGUGCCGGCAGUAUAGAUGAUUGCGUGGGAGCUACAAAUCCUCAGCAUACCGCACUGGGUCUCAUGCACCUUAAGAAACUUUUUUCCGAGUAUACCCAUCCUCUGCAUACCCUCUCAGAUGCUGAGCGCGAUGAUAAGCUAUAUAAUAUGUUGCCAUUAUUUUGCAAAGUAUUUGGGUCUAGUCCAGCAGGUGAUAUGAGCGAGAAGUUUUGGGACAUUCUGGCAUUUACACAACAAGUGUCUAGAUUAAUGGUGUCUGAAAUUAGGAGAAGGGCAAGCAAUCAAAGUACUGAAACAGCAAGUUGUGCCAUUGUAAAAUUUUUAGAAAUUGAAAACAGCGAGGAGUCGAGCAAUGGUUGGAUGCUACUAUCCGCGCUGAAUUUACUUGCAGCAGGCGAUACUUCUCUAAUACAGGCCAUGACUACCGCUUCUGUCCCGUCGACAUUGGUAAAAUGUUUGUAUUUAUUUUUCGAUUUGCCUGAAAUGAUCGAGGACGAAGCCGAUAUUACAGAUACGAAUAGCGAAUUUACUCCAAAGCAACGUAGAAUACUGUUACAGAAAAUAUUUGUUCAAUUGUUGGUGAGAUUAUGUAGUCAUCCGUAUCCAGCGGAAGAGCUCGCCCGUAAAGAUGACCUUACGUUAUUAUUCUCAGCAAUAACUAGUUGGUGUCCUCACUACAAUGUGAUGUGGCGUAAAAGCGCGGCAGAAGUAUUAAUGACUCUAUCUCGACAUGGACUUACCCAGAAUGUAGUGAGCUACAUCCACAAUAAAGGAUGUAUAGCACUUUGUGUUGAUAAUAUGCAACGUGUACCUGAGCUGGCACCAUUGGAAGUAGUAGAAAUGUUCGUCACGGUAUUUUGUUUUUUAAAAGAUUCCAGUGAAGUAUCGCAAACGCUUCUGGACGAUUUUCGCGCUUGUCAAGGAUAUAUGUUUCUAUCGGAAUUUUUAUUGAAGCACGCUCCAUCGAGAUUAGAACAAGAUAGUAGAGCGGAAGCACAGGAUGCCAUUCGGAAUUUAGUUCUUAUGCUGGCAUCUUUAACGAUGUGCGGUCAUACAGAAUUGAAGCCAAGUCAAGCUAGCAUGGGAUCUUUAUUUCAGAUGCUUGGCUUUACUUUACCUCAACCAAGUAACAGAGGAGGAAGUGUUCGAAAUAUCCAAGCGUUCCAAGUACUACAAUCCGUAUUUGUAAAGUCUAAUUCACCACUUUUAUGUUGUACUAUCCUCGAUGCAAUAUCUAGCGUAUAUCACAGUGAUAAUGCCAAUUAUUUUAUACUCGAGGGACAGUACACAUUGUCCGAAUUCGCAGAAAAGAUCCACUUAAAAAAUCGAGAAAUACAAGAAAAGUUCUUUCAGUUGCUAGAAUUCAUAGUGUUUCAACUUAAUUUCGUGCCUUGCAAGGAACUUAUAUCUUUGUCUAUACUAUUAAAAACGAAUAAUUCGACUAGCUGCAGUAUCUUGUGCAUGGAAACACUCCUCAAUAUACUCAGACAUAACAAUAUAUUUAAAGAUGUGUACAGAGAAGUAGGUAUGUUAGAAGUGUUUGUUACGUGUCUUCACCGUUACGCAACUUUACUUAAGGAUAAGCAAGCUGCGCAUGAUCAAGGAUUAGAAUACAAAAUAUGCCCAGAAGAUGAACGAUUGGGUGCCUUAGUAAUGGAAGCUCUGACGACAUUAUUAGCAGGCAAUGUUCAAAAUGCUAAUGUCUUCAGGGAGUGCGGCGGAGCGCGUUGCGCUCAUAAUCUCGUGCCCUACACAGACUGUCGAUAUCAAGCGCUUGGCAUUGUUAGAGAAUUAAUACUUAGUGCAGGGGGAGACGAUGAUAUGGCUACAUUACUAGGUGUCAUGCAUUCAGCACCUUCCCAUGCCUUAGUCUUAAAGACGCAUAUAUUAAAAUCUUUGUUGGCUUGCUUGAGGGAAUCGCACCGAACCAGAACUGUCUUUCGGAAAGUGGGAGGUUUUGUUUACGUGAUGUCCGUUUUAGUAUCUUUGGAAGGUCAAUUGGGUACGCAAAGAUCCGAUGGUAUAGAACCUUGCAACGACGUAAUAAAACGAACACCACAGGAAGAGACACAGUUGCUGACACUCUUACACGUCGUAUUUCACACAAUAAGUACAGCUAUGAGAUUCGAACCAGCGAACGCGAAAUUUUUCCAUCACGAGAUAUGCCAAUCGAGUUUGUGUGACACUCUACGACUUCUUGGGUGUUUCUCGACACAAACGAAACUUAAGGAAAUAGAUUUAAUACCAACCACGAACUACCACAACAUGUUAUUGUUGCUAUUUACUGGGAGUGUAUUAGAACCCAUAUUUCCAGACAUCAUGCCAAAGACGCUCGCGUAUGCAUGUUUAUUGCUACGUCUUCUCUACGAUGUAGCGCUCGACUCUUUCGAUAAGCCAAAUUUGGCAGGCUUAGGAAUGAGGUCGCCGAGUCAUAAACAAAAUAGCGUCGAGCAACAAAAAUCUUUUGAUUCUCCGGGUAGCGGUAAGAGAACUGUCAUAAACUCUUUAAAUCUGAGUCCUCCUACUCCCGAGCCAAUAGUGGUACACCCUGGCAUAGUUGUCGGAAUGUUACACUUGCUUCCAUCAGUUUCGGAACCAUCCAAUAUACAAAUGGCUCUAGCUUUGCAAUUGUACAUAGCGGAAAUCAUUAAAAGUUUGGUGCGCUCGGAAAGAAAUCAACAAAUAAUGUGCGAAGCUGGGAUGGCUGGUGAAUUGCUAUCGAUGGGGAGAAUUGCAUUGCAAGAUGAAACGCAUCCCCUUCAUCAGCCGUUACAAUAUAUUAUAGAAAGACUCGCGGCACAAUCUUUAGAACCACGUGACCUUAGAGAAUUUUUACGCUUGGGUGAUCCAUUAUGUUGUAUAUCACUCGAUGACAUUGAACCAAAUAAACCUAGAGGCGGACCUGUCCCGCUGACUCGCAUUAAAACUUUAGUGUCAAUGACAACGCCGAAAGAUUUUCGCGCCCAUGGGUCUUGUACUUUACCACCUUUCGUAGAACUUGAUAUGAGCGCAGAAGGAUUUGCAUGUUUAUAUUUACCCAGCGUCGCACCACAAAGUACAACUCCGCCUACGGUAGUGGCUGCUGACAGUAGCGUACUCGGUGGAAUUGGUUCAGGCGAUAGAUUGUUUCCUCCGCAAACUGGACUAACCUAUAGUACAUGGAUAUGCGUUGAUAAAUUUAGCGAUUCUAGAACUGAUCCUCACUGUGUAAGAUUAUUAACCUUAGUGCGUACUCCACAAUCAGCGAGAGAUUUGAUCUGUCUAACUGCGGUUCUCAGUGCUCGAGAUAAAGCUAUUAUCGUAUCAACGCAGGAGACACAGAUGCCGCAAAAUGUAGGCGAAUGGGAACCAGAAGGAACCGGUGAAUGUGGUGCAAGGGUCUGGUGUCCCGACUUACUCCACGAAGGACAAUGGCAUCACAUAGCUAUAGUAUUAAACCGCGCUGUAUUAAAAAAUUCAAGCUUCUCGUUAUAUCUGGAUGGUCAACACAUUCACAGUCAGAAGCUUCACUAUAUUACGCAAGUUCCUGGAGGAGGAGCAGCGAAUUUGACGGUAGCUUCGCCAGUAUACGGGUACAUAGGUACGCCUCCUUGUUGGCGACGCUACUCUAGGUUGGCAUGGAAGCAGGGACCGUGUCACUUGGUAGAAGAAGUGUUUAAUUCGCAAAGUAUAGCGACACUGUUUAAAUUAGGCCCACAUUAUAUGGGUAGCCUACAAGCUCCACAGUUAUUAGUUCAAGAACCUUUGAUGCCUCUCGUUGCGGAAGAGAAAGUUGUAUUUGGAUUAAAUGCCAAAGCGAUGUCUCAAUUAACGCUAGCUAAAAUUAGGAAAGUUUAUAGCCGCGCUGAUAAUAAGUCAAUUGCUAAACAACUUGGUAUGUCAUCACACGAAAAUGCCACGCCUAUUAGGGUCCUUCACAAUUCAGCAGGACAUCUUAGCGGACCAGCAAGAGCACUAGGAGGGGUAGUUGUUGGUUAUCUCGGUGUUCGUGUUUUUAGUCCUCGACCAGUAGCCACAAUGAUCGACAAUGUGGGUGGUUGUUCGGUGUUAUUAGGUCUAAUAGCCAUGGCGCAAGAUGUAGAAUCUCUAUACGCUGCGGUUAAGGCAUUAGUUUGCGUCGUGAGAUCCAAUCAGGCGGCCCAGCAGGAAAUGGAUCGUCGAAGAGGAUAUCAGACAUUGGCAAUGUUACUACGAAGGAAAUGUCCUCUUUUAAAUAGUCACAUACUCCAUCUUACGUUCAGUCUUGUCGGUACAGUAGACAGCGGCAGAGAAACUAGCGCGAUACCUAACGUCACAGCAUUUCAGGAUCUUCUGUGCGAUUUGCAAGUCUGGCAUGAAGCACCAGGAGAACUAUUAAGAUCGCUAUUGGAACAUUUGUACGAAUUAAUUGCAGAAUCAAGCGAGAAAAGAACAAACUUACGGUUAAUGAGGGAUUUGCAAUUAGUGCAUAAAUUGUUGCACAUUUUAAGCGAUGUAAAACAAAGUACCACGAGGCAAAUUCUACUCGCCUUACUCAGUAUCCUACUAAGUCAACCGAGACAAGCUGAUUUACUAUGGUUUGGUCAGUUUAUUGUAGCUACGUUGCCUCAAAGUUCGGAGAAGCAUUUAAUUCUUCGAGAAAGCGAAGGAAACAAGGAAGGGGAGGGGGAACACAUACUUUUACGAAACCGUUGUUUACAACUUUUGCAUUCUUUGUUGUUUAAUGGUCCCAAGCCAAAUAUAAAUAUGUGCGAGGAAUUAUCUAAAGUGUUAGGCUUAGAUUGGAUAUUACUGUUUCUUCAAUCUGGGCUUCAUAGUACAACAGUGAUAUGGGGGUUGCGAAUUUUAGUGGCUGUUUGUUCCGUUCAACCGAUAUUACAGAAGUUUAAAGAAGGAACCAGCAACGGUAGCUGGCUGCGUCACACGGAUCACAAUAAAAUGGCGCUAGCUCUUGGUUGUCACCAGCAAAUGUCAGGUGGGGAAAGCAAGCCAUCCGGUCUUCACGUACCAGGAUUUCAACAUUUGGGAUGGUUAUUACCGCAGCACGUAGACCUUGUUCCAGAGUUAUACUUUCUUUUUAUCGCUCUUAUGAUGGGACAACCCGUGAAAUUAUUGCCUACAGAUUCGAAAGUCAUUUUAAAACUCGAUUUGGAUAACGUGUGGAACUUCCUGUUCGGCGUUCCGGCGAACCAUACUCUGUCAUCAUUUGCGAGUAGAAUUAAUCUUUGCCCCGAAGCCGUGGUUACCCUGUUAGCUAUGGUGCGAACAAUGCUGAAUAAUUACUCGGUCAAUCCUGAGUCCCUGCCAGAUUGGUUAAGCGAUUAUCCAGUGACAAUAAUACAGUUCCUGUUCUUCCUUUAUCAUAAUUUUACGGACUUCAUGCAAGUGUUUAUGUCUGCGGAAGUGUUGGGCGCAUUAGCUGGUACUCUGUUCCCGAAACCUACAAGUUCCAGCCAAGAUAGCAGCGGAGCUAGUACUCCAGCAGACGAGCAAGAACCGGUAUUGGUGAGAUCUCCAUCAAAGGAUGUCGGCUUGACGAAUCAUCCAGCGAAAAAGUUUGUUAUGGACUUUUUACGAGUAAUCGUGGUAGAUUCCCUUUCUUUGCCAGUCACUGCGAAAUCUCCGCCAGCUAUCGACCUGGUAUUGGAAGCAUGGCCAGAACACGCUUCUACUGGACAGCAAACGCGCUAUCAGACGGAGAUUCUGUCUAUUCUAAUGGAGCAUCUACUAGCCGCAGAUGUUUUAAUUGGAGAACAAGCGGCGUUACCUGUAGUCCCUGGAGGCUCGGUCAAUAAUAUAACUAACAACGUGUGUUACGUCGCAGCCAGAAUAGUAGAUAAAUUGUGGCAAGGCGCAUUGACAAAAGACCCACACGAGGUGUUCGAUUUCAUUGUCAAAUUAAUUGGACAAGCAAAACGACGGCCUGGUGUCGUUAGUAUGGAAGGUCUUCACCACUGUCUGAACAGAACGAUACUAUUUUUGCUGUCACGACCAACGGAUUCGAUAGCCGAUCAAAUGGCUGUAUUAGAAGCACUACAUAAGCUCACAACUCAUAGGUUGUUAGUCUUUGGUGCUGGUAACCACGAAUUGGAAUUCAUCAGUUGUUUAACUUACUGUUUACUACAACUAACAACCGACGUCAAAGUUACGCUCGAUACAAACAUGAGAACAAUGUGGCACCUUAAUCCGCAAGUCGAAGCCAGCGACGAUAGGCUUACGUCUCAUCAAGGUCAUAACUUGAUGGCCGUCGCUGCGACAAGAGUUUGGGAAGAGUUAUACGUAUGCAAGAAACCUGCCAUAGAGGAAGUUUUUAAAAUCACACUUCCAGCGCCUGUAGGUAACGAACGCGCCCCUGAGUUAUCGCUAGUGAGGGAUCAAAUGCAUGAAGCUGCGACCAGGCUUUGGUUGAAUUACGUUGUCAUGGAAAGGAAAGCUUCGUACAGGGUUCCUUGGGAACUUCACAAUCAAAUACAAUCGAAAAUUCAAAAAGUAACGGGUGGUUUGACGAGAUUAGCAAGUCGAACGAAAGUCCGUAAAGAGGAAUCUGUGCGUGUCAGGCUGAGAUUACAUCAGAACACAGUAGCACAGUGGACAGAGCAACACAUUGCACUGGUCCGCGAGCUUGCCGCAGGAAAGCGGUUGCAGUAUAUACAGACUAAUCAACAUACUCAGCGAUACGUGUAUCAAGAAUGGUUGCAAACCGAAACAGAGUUGACGAGAGAACGCGGUUUGUGGGGACCACCGACACCCACCAGGCUUGAUAAAUGGAUGCUAGAUAUGACCGAGGGUCCGUGUAGGAUGAGAAAAAAGAUGAUGAAAAACGAGCUUUUUUAUAUACAUUACCCGUACCGACCUGAAUUGGAACAUCCUGAUAACAAACAACUGAAGUACAAGGUAGCAACAAGCACCGACAGUAAGGAAUAUUAUCUGAAACAACUCGGUAAUUCAUCCGGCAUGUUCGAACGGGAACGAGAUCCUGUUAUCGACGACACUCCAUUAAACGUCAACGAAAGUUCCACGGAAAGCGAACCUCCAAUGGUACCCUGUACGCUGGAACGUCACGCAAGCGAGCCAGACGAAGCACCAGAGGACAACGAGCAAGAAGAAGAAAAUAAUCAGACCGUCCCAGACAAUCAAACUUUGAUACGGCUAUUAGAGGAACACGAGAAGAUAAGUCACAUGUUCAGAUGUGCCAGAAUUCAAGGUUUAGACACGACCGAAGGUUUGCUCUUAUUUGGAAAAGAACACUUUUACGUGAUUGACGGAUUCACGCUGCUAAAGUCCAGAGAGAUAAGGGAUAUUGAGAGUUUACCCGAGGCUUACGAACCAAUAUUGCCAUCCCCUGGGUCUCCUAGAAGAUCUAGAGCGAUGAGACAAUGCUCGAAAUUUAAUUACGAAGAUAUCAGAGAGGUACACAAAAGAAGAUAUCUAUUACAACCGAUGGCAUUAGAGGUAUUCAGCGGAGACGGUAGAAAUUAUUUGUUAGCGUUUCCGCGUAAAGUGAGAAACAAGGUUUAUCAGAGAUUUAUGACUUUCGCAACGGCGAUCGCUGACAGCGCGCAACAGUCUGUGGCCGGCCAGAAGAGAACAGCGAACGUGGAACAGGCUACAGGUCUGUUAUCGAACCUGAUAGGCGAGACUUCGGUUACCCAACGAUGGGUGAGAGGCGAGAUAUCCAAUUUUCAAUACUUGAUGCAUCUCAACACUUUAGCUGGUCGUAGUUACAAUGACUUGAUGCAGUACCCGAUAUUUCCUUGGAUUUUGGCCGACUACGAUAGCGAAGAGUUGGAUCUCACUGAUCCAGCAACGUUCAGAGACUUUGGUAAACCUAUGGGCGCGCAGAGCCCGGAACGACUGUUGCAGUUCAAAAAAAGAUACAAAGAAUGGGACGAUCCGCAUGGGGAAACACCUCCUUACCACUACGGAACACAUUACUCUUCAGCGAUGAUUGUAUGUUCUUACUUGGUGAGAAUGGAGCCGUUCACGCAACAUUUUCUUAGAUUACAGGGUGGACAUUUUGAUCUGGCGGACAGAAUGUUCAAUAGUAUAAAGGAAGCUUGGCUUUCCGCUUCUAAACAUAAUAUGGCCGAUGUGAAGGAGCUCAUACCGGAGUUCUUUUACCUUCCAGAAUUUCUCGUCAACUCGAAUCACUUUGACUUAGGUUCUAAACAGAGUGGUGUACAAUUGGGAGACAUUGUACUUCCACCAUGGGCAAAGCAGGAUCCACGAGAAUUCAUACGCGCGCAUCGACUCGCUUUGGAAUGCGAUUACGUCUCGCAACACCUUCACCAAUGGAUCGACUUGAUAUUCGGUUGCAAACAAAACGGUCCAGCUGCGGUUGAAGCUGUCAAUGUGUUUCACCAUUUGUUCUACGAAGGCAACGUGGACAUUUACAAUAUCGAUGAUCCCUUGAAAAAAAAUGCGACCAUCGGGUUCAUUAACAAUUUUGGGCAAAUACCGAAACAAUUGUUUAAAAAACCACACCCGGCUAAGAAAAUGACACAAAGGACCAGUGUUAUCGACCCUGGGCCAAUCACUCCCGGCUUAAGCAUAACCACGUCUGACAAAUUGUUCUUCCAUAAUCUUGAUAACUUGAAACCAUCGCUUCAGCCUAUCAAAGAAUUAAAGGGUCCCGUCGGACAGAUACUGCACAUAGACAAAGCAGUAUUGGCCGUUGAACAAAAUAAAACGCUGAUUCCGCCUACGUAUAACAAGUACGUCGCAUGGGGUUUCGCGGAUCACUCCCUCAGAAUAGGAAACUACGAUAGCGACAAAGCGAUAUUCGUCUGCGAGGCUAUGAUGCAAAACAGCGGAGAGAUAGUUGCUUGCGUUUGCCCGUCUUCCAAACUGAUAGUAACCGCUGGCACAAGCUCCGUUGUGACGGUUUGGGAGUACACCAAGAGGCAACUGUCUAUCAAACAAUGUCUGUACGGUCACACCGACGCCGUCACGUGUUUGUCAUCGAGUCCAGCGUACAACGUGAUAGUAUCAGGAUCUCGAGAUGGAACGGCAAUUAUAUGGGAUCUAUCUCGAUGCUUGUUCGUUCGCCAACUCAGAGGACACGCGGGACCAGUGGCCGCAGUAGCUAUAAACGAAUUGACGGGAGACAUAGCUACCUGCGCGGCAACAUGGCUGCACGUGUGGAGCAUCAAUGGCGAAGAAUUGGCGAGCGUUAAUACAUGCGUUGGCCGAGCUGAUAGGAUGCAACAAAUCUUAUGCGUUGCUUUCAGUCAAACUCACGAAUGGGAUUCGCAGAACGUUAUCAUGACGGGAUCGACUGACGGCGUAGCUCGAAUGUGGUCGAUGGAUUACGUGCAAGUGCCUGCAGAAGAAGAGAAACCAGAAGAAGCCGCAAACGCGAAGGAGAAAAACCCGAAGUCGAGUAGAAGUGAAAGUCAGAAUGAAACUACAAAGAAACGGGUACACGAACUAGUUAAACAGAUGAGCAUUUCUGCCGAGGGAUCAGUUUUAGCUAUGCUUGCGAAAAGCGGAUCAGAGAGCAGUCUCUCCGAACCUGAGAAUUCUAAAGAAGCAUCCAGAUUACACGAAGAGAAAGAAGAAUGCUCGGAUAACGAGUCGAGCAACGGUUCCACCAGCAAACCAUCACCGCAGAAUAAUAACACGUCGACUGUUGUACUUAGAAGAAAAAGUCGAGGAAAUCCCAUGUUUCGCAAAAGCGAGGGUGGAGGACGCGCAGAUAGCGAGGGUACACAGACAAGCGAGUCAGCCAGCAUUGUCGGAGACUCUGAAGGAGCAUUACGGGCUAGUAAAAGCGACACGAGCUUAACGGACAGCUUCGUCAUGGUCACCGAAGCUGACACCAAACCUAAAAGGAUCAAUCCACAAAAUAUCUUAAGAGACGGUUUCAAGUGGCAACGGCAAUUAGUGUUUAGAAGUAAAUUAACGAUGCACACCGCGUAUGACCGGAAGGAUAACACGGAACCAGCGUCUAUAACAGCUCUCGCUGUGUCAAGAGAUCACAGAACGGUGUAUGUAGGAGAUACGAGGGGGAGGGUCUUUUCAUGGAGCGUGUGCGAGCAACCAGGACGCACGGUUGCCGAUCACUGGCUCAAAGACGAAGGAGCAGAUUGUUGCGUUGGCUGCGGGGUUAGAUUUAAUCUUUACGAGAGAAGACAUCACUGUCGCAACUGUGGACAAGUAUUCUGUUCAAAAUGCAGCCGAUUCGAGUCGAAAAUAUCGAGACUCGGGAUUUUAAAGCCUGUUAGAGUUUGUCAAGGUUGUUAUUCGUCAUUACGCUCUCAACAUUCUGCUGAGAGCAGCGCUUAAUAUAGCAGUAUAGUACAGUCUCGUGUAAGUAACCGGUUCGAGAAUGGGUACAGCUUGAAUGUACAUACAUAAUCACGGGUACCUCAUUUACGUCUUUACUCGUAUUCUCGUGAGAAAAAAAAAAUGAUGAAGCGCGCCUUCAUAUCUCACUUUCGUAUCUUGCAUAAGACUUGCAUUUCUACUAGCGAGGCAGGAGAACUGAUCGCUGCAUUUCAAUCUUUCGUGCAAUCGUUGUCUUCAAUUUUCUCAGUUACGCGAACUGGAACUAUUAUUUUACUUGUUCCUCUACUUUUCUUUUAUAUAUUUUCUGACUAUAAAUAAUAUAAUUUUCGUUUACUAUAAUUCCAAUAAACUAGGAUAUUUCCUACGAAUGAUCGGCCUGCUUCGCUUCAUCGACAGGUUUAUACUCGAUGAAUUUUUGAAGACGAUAUUCGGACAAUUUAUGCGACAUAGGGAAUGCACACAUUACAAGAUGCAAAUAUGUUCUUCAUUUUUUUACUAUCCCUGAAUCUCGAUCCUUUUUCUGAUACUUUUUUACAUCGUGUGUGUGUUUGUACUUUACGACGCCUGAGCAUAAUAUGUACAGUCGCCUUCUGUUGUACAUUUGACGUAAACUUUGGGCUCUCUUUUAUUUAUUUACUUUAUAUUUUAACCAAAACAGAUCAUUGUCAGAAUCUCUAUAAACACAAUAAUGUAUAGCGGACUUUAUUUAACAAACUUAUUCUGUGAUUAUUUUUUCCUACUUUUAAUUAAACGAACAUAUACGAUCAAUAAAUUUCAAACGUGAUCAUUGAUAAUUAUUUAUAUAAUGAAUAUAUAUACAUAUAUAUAUAUAAUAGUAUAACAUUCCGUACAUGUAAGUAUAAUGUUAUACUAUUUAGGCGACUAAUUUCCCUGUCAGAACGCUUACAUUGUUUGUCGUAUCUGACUGUAUUAGAUAAUUAUUGUUAAUAUUUAUUUUAAAUUAUAGUAAAAUAGUAUACAAGAUGUCAAUAUUGUUAAUGGAAAAAUAUAAGAUUUAAUAUUUAUCAGAUUUACCAAAAAAAAAAAAAUUAUAUAUCUAUACCGUGUAUUACUCCUACUGCUACACUUUUGUAUUACGUUUUAACCGUAAUUGCUACUCCAUAAAACGUUAUUUCUUUAUUUUUACGAUAAUGUUCUGUACAUAACGCAGUGAUAAUACCCGGUGUGAUCGGUUUUAAGGAUCGUCGAUGGUGUAUAACUUACCAUCGCGUCUCACGAAAAGGCAGGUCUUUUAUUUUUCCAUUUCAUAGAAUUGAGAAACGUUUAUUGGCUUGGAAAGCUAAGAAUACAUGUAUUACGAUUCGAUAAAAAAAAAAAAAACAAGCAAACAAGACACACAGUUUGGAGUUCACCGUUUGUGACCGCUGCCUCAACAGGUGUAACACUCGUAACUUUAUAAUAGACAAUACCUUCAAUGACAUAAAAGUGUUAUUAACUGUAAGUCGGUUAAAUGAAACCAUAGACUCUAAAACCAGCAGUAAAUAAUUAAAUAUAUUCUAAACAAUGUGGUAAAUGUGGAAUACGCUCGUUUGUUCACAAUGUUCAUAUUAUAUAUCGUGACCGUAUCUGUAAAAUUAAUCGUGGAAACAGAGGUAAAUUACAACAACAACAACAACAACAAAAACCGUGUUCUUGUAUAUGAAUUUUAUAGAGUUUUGAAAAAGAAUCACCGUACGUUACGUACUUUUCGUUGGGCAAUUGAGUUUAUCUAACAGCUAGGAAGAAUACCUGAACUCCGACUAAACGUGCAACAGAAUUUGUAUAAAUGCAAAGAUCGCGGUAUUAAAUGACAAAAAAAAAGAGAAAAAAAAAGAGAAAUGACUCCCUGUACGAAUAACAAAUUCUACCAUUUGUAUUCUAUCGACACACUUCCAUUUUUCUAAAGGCACAAAUUUUAUAAAGACCGAGGGAUAACGCGACGACUAACAAACUGAGAACGAGUGAAAUGCAAACGAUGAAAAAUGUCGUUUCAACGUGGUAUUACAAUGUUUACUAGUGCCGAGCUGUUCGCUAGUGAAAUCCAUUAAGAGCACAAUGUUUAACGAGCAUUCUUUCAGGAAGGAUGCGUUUGAUACGAGGGUCAAAACGUGUAGGUAAUGCUGGGAAUUUGGACGAAUUUCAAACACUUGAAAAGUCUCUUAAUUAUGCAGAUGCAUGAAGAAGAAUUUACCACGUAUCUUAUGCUAAUAUGUGUGUCAUUAUUACAUGCCAGUUCUAAUAAAACAUUGCCAAUUAUCCUUACUUUUGUACUCCUACAUAUAUACAGACAAAACAAAGCUUAUACUUAGUUCUGCGUUGGAAUUGGAAGGCUUGCAGAUAACAGUGAUCGACCAAUGAUUGAAAUUCAUUUCCCGGAGGGUUUCUUGUUAAUUCCCUUCACUAUAAGCCAAAGUGAUUUACAAAGACAACUUAAAUGAGAGCAGGAUGAAUCUAACUACUUACAAAUGUAUUAUUUUACUAGGAAUUAUUACCAUGUAGAUAAUAUAAUUAGAACAAAGAAAUCAAAUGCAGAAGCAAGUAUAAUUUCUAGUCAGAUGCAUUGGGUACCCAUUAAUCUUAAUUUGGCAAGCAAAAUUUUGUUUUUAUGAUUUUUAACAGUAUUAUUUGUAUUCGUAUUUCAAUGCGUUGGCGUUUAUGUACCACAUGUAUUAUAAAAUAGAUCUUUAUAUAAAA